AUGAGCCAGGCUCGUAUUGAUAUUAUGUGUCCCUCGGCACCCUUGCGGGUGAUACUGCCCGCGUCAAUGGAUAAUAAUUUGCCACCACCGUUUAUUGAUAUGAACAAUAUGGACAUACCCCCACCACAAGCUGACUUUUCAGCACCACCCCCAUAUGACGUAGCUGCUAAUUCUAAGCUACCUACUUAUGAGGAGGUGCAGCGAGAGAAACAAAUGGAGGGGGAGGGACACCCACCUAUGGUGCCAACCCAUCCAGCAAUAGCCGCGUUCGUGACUGUAGAACCGACUGAGGGAUCUGCAGAGCAGUUAGACCCUGAGAACAGCUUGCUCGGGACCGACAUUAUGUUUUUAACAUCAUUUUUCGUGGCAUUCCUAUUCAACUGGAUCGGGUUUCUCCUACUCAUGUGCUUCUGCCACACGGUCGCGAGCCGCUACGGCGCGCUCGCCGGCUUCGGCCUGUCCCUCGCCAAGUGGACGCUCAUAGUGAAACACUCGACGGAACUAGCGUCCCACGAGAACUCUUGGCUGUGGUGGCUUAUUAUGGCUUUUGGUAUCCUAAUCUGCGUGCGCGCCGUGAUCCAGUACUUGAACAUCAAGCGCGGGUGGCGUCUGCUGUCCGGCACGGCACAAGAGAGACUGCUGUUUUUCUAU